CUUGAUUUAUUAAAAAAAUAUUUUUUAAAAAGUAUUUUUCCAACAAUCCAAAAAAUUCCUAAGUAUCUCCGUGGUGAAAGUGUCAGAUUGCAAACAGGGAACAGAAAGAAGAUGGCUUCGCGCAGGGGCUGAUAUGGAUUUAAUGGACUCGCGAACAAACACAGCAGCUAUGAAUCAGCAACAAUAUCUGUCCUCCUACAAAAGUUCUGUUACUUCGCCUACAGGGCACCGACUAAAGUCAAAUCAUUCUGAAAUUAAAAGACAGGGAAAAGUAAGUUCCUGAAGUUUGAACCUCAUAUUAAAGAUAUUCGAAUAUGAUGUUAUUCUGUCCCUUUGUGGAGGAAAAGAAAUUUGUAGAAUGUGGUUCGCUGUUUUAACAUAUGCUUAUAUGAGUCUUGUAGAGUAUUCAUCUCCUGAUACGAGAGCUUAUUGGUCGUGGUGAAGAAAGCAAGGGUUAGAGAAGUGAAUGGCUGUGGAGUACACAUGCUGCGAAACAGGGUUCUUCAUUCGCCUCCUGAUUGUGACUGUGUUAGUGCUAUUUGCGGGGCUGAUGUCUGGAUUAACACUAGGCCUUAUGUCACUGAGCCUCGUGGAGCUUGAGGUUCUUGCCAAGUCAGGCACACCCGCUGAUCGUAAACAUGCCGCGAAGAUAUUGCCAGUUGUGAGAAGACAGCAUUUAUUGCUCUGCACACUUCUGAUCUGCAAUGCAGCAGCAAUGGAAGCUCUUCCAAUUUUUCUGGACAGUCUAGUGACGGCUUGGGGGGCUAUUCUUAUCUCAGUAACAUUGAUACUAAUGUUUGGAGAGAUUAUACCCCAAGCUGUUUGUUCGAGGUAUGGUUUGGCAAUUGGUGCAGCAGUGGCUCCAGUGGUUCGUGUUCUUGUUUGCAUUUGUUUCCCUAUUGCAUACCCAAUAAGCAAGUUAUUAGAUUUCUUGCUGGGAAAACAACACCAUGCACUGUUUAGACGAGCUGAAUUGAAGACGCUAGUUGAUCUGCACAGCAACGAGGCUGGAAAAGGAGGAGAGCUAACACGUGAUGAGACAAUGAUAAUUGCGGGUGCCCUUCAACUAACAGAGAGAACCGCUAGAGACGUGAUGACUCCCAUUACUGAGACUUUUGCGAUAGAAUUAAAUGCCAAGCUGGACAGGGAUUUAAUGGAUUUGAUUAUAGAGAAAGGUCAUAGCAGAGUUCCAGUUUAUUAUAAGGAACCAAGCAACAUUAUCGGACUAAUAUUGGUGAAGAACCUAUUAACUAUCAAUCCGGAAAACGAAAUGCCACUAAAGAAUAUCACCAUGCGCAAGAUUCCAAGGGUUUCUGAAACAAUGCCAUUGUAUGACCUACUAAAUGAGUUUCAGAAAGGCCACAGCCAUAUGGCUGCUGUUGUAAAACAGUUUAGUGAUGCAGAUUGGUCAGCCAAUGAAAACUCAACACAAGUGAGAGAAGUUAGAGUGGAUGUUUACAGCAAAAAGCAUUCACGACAGAGGAGUUUGAAGAGCAAAGGAUCACUCAAGAAGUUUAAGAGCUUACCAAACGAGGCAAAUACAAGCACAAAAGGUAAGAGAUGGUCAAACGCCUUCCAGUCCGAGGUGCUUCAAAUCAAUGACGAACCACUGCAAAAUCUCUCUCUAGAUGGGGAAGCUGUUGGCAUUGUUACACUCGAGGAUGUCAUUGAGGAGCUACUACAGGUAGGAGGGGAAUUUUCUUACAUUCUUGUUAAUAUCUUUUCUUGUACCAGCAGAAGAUUUACACAUCUUUUGGAUUAAUUUAUGUAGGAGGAAAUCUAUGAUGAAACAGAUCAUCGUGAUGUCAGCUAAUUUUCAAAGUACAAGACAUGCGAUAAAUUUGCUAGUCGACUGCUCGACAAUAGAAAAUUGCGAGUGAACCAGACCUGCUAUUUGGUUUCAAACGGUAUUGAACAAAAGGAUAGAUCGCAUGGUAGCAUUUUAGGAACAUUGGUUCGUACCAUUGGAAUUGAUGUACUUUAGAUUCAAGUAAUG